AUGAAGCGGAAGCAGCGCGAGAGUGACAACAUCAACGGCGCCUCCGUCACACCCAAGAAGCAGCGAACAGUGGAUAUUGAUGGAAUAUCGGAUAACGGAGGAAGUUCAACACCCACGGCAAAUGGCACAUUCAAGACUCCGACGAAACUGUCUACAGAAACACGAGGAAAAGCCCAGUCUGCAAGCGCAAAGAAGGCGGACAGGUCGGCGAAACGCAAAAGUGCCAGCGCGCUACUGGAAAACGAGUCAGAGGACGAGCUUGGGACUGCCCUUGCGCAAGAGAUUUUAGAGGACGACGAGGAGGGUCUUGACGGGGAUGGCGGAGGUCUUGAAGGCAUACGCGAUGAUCUUGCAGAGCUCGCCGCAUCGGCACUCCAGGAAACACCCUCGAAGCGAGGCCGUGGUCGUCCCAAGGGCUCCAAGAACAGACGAUCACCAACACCAGAGGGUGACCUGCCACCAGAGGAGCGGUACUUUUUCCAGAAUCGCUCGGGUCCUCCAGAAGUCUCAAACAACACGCUUGCAUCUCUCAAACUCCUGAACCAUGACGAAUACUUCGCAUUGAUGCGCGGCUACAAAGACCCUCACAACGCAGAGAGAGCCUACUUGAGGAAGCUACAUGCACGGUCAUUCCCGCAAUGGAGGUUCGAAUGGCACGAGGGGUUCAAUAUCUGUCUAUACGGAUGGGGUAGUAAAAGACAACUGGUCAGCCAAUUCGCGGAAUGGAUAUACCCCAAAUAUGAUCCUGCACCUUCAGUUGUGGUGGUGAAUGGCUACACGCCCAAGGUCAAUAUUCGAUCAAUCCUCACCAUGCUUGUGACAACGGCCAUGGGCAAGCAUGCCCCAGCCCGAAUUUCUGGGCAACCAGCAGAAAUGCUCGAUCUUCUCCUCUCUUACCUCACCAACCACCCUCCUGGUACUCCACUUAUGGUCCUUAUUAAUUCCAUAGACUCGCCCUUACUCCGUCGCCAUUCCAUUCAAGCCCUGCUCGCCCGCCUCGCAGCCCAUCCUCGCAUAAACCUUCUCGGAACCGCGGAUACGCCAUCUUUCCCGCUGCUGUGGGACAGUAAUCUGCUCGACCAGUUUGCCUUUGUCUUCCACGACUGUACCACCUACGCGCCCUACAUAGCAGAGCUGAAUGUCGUGGAUGACGUGCAUGAGCUUCUUGGCAAGAAAGGGCGACGAAUAGGUGGUGGCGAGGGUAUUGGCUUUGUGCUUAGAAGUCUGACCGAGAACUCAAGGAAGCUGUAUGUCCUGCUUUUGACGGAGAUUCUGUCGGCGCUGGCCGAGGGAUUGCCAGAUUUGCAUGGAGGCGUGGACGGAGACGCUGACGAUGGAGGAAAGAGGUCUGCACAUGCACAGGAACCGGAUGAGGAGGUUAGCGUGGAGUAUAAGGCGCUGUAUCAGAAAGCAUCGGAAAAUUUCAUAUGCAGCUCCGAGAUGAACUUUCGUACGCUGCUGAAGGAAUUUUAUGACCAUGAGAUGAUUGUUUCGAAGAAGGAGGGCACGGGAACAGAAGUUCUCGGAGUGCCGCUGGGUAGGGAAGAGAUGGAAACGCUGCUGGAAGAGCUGGUCAUGGCCGGCAAUUGA